UGAACCAAUCAGCGUCUAGUAUUGUGCAAAUCUGACGUCAUGGAACAGUACUAAUACUUGGCGUCAUCCUCCCCCCCAACUCACAUCGAUUCCGAGGUCUACGGACGAGCGCCACUACCACGAGGAUAAUAUAUCAUAUCAGGAUACUUCUUAAAGCGAAAGCGAAAUGGCCCGUACCAAGCAGACCGCCCGUAAGUCCACCGGAGGAAAGGCGCCAAGGAAGCAGCUCGCUACCAAGGCGGCCCGGAAGAGCGCCCCGUCCACGGGAGGAGUGAAGAAGCCCCAUCGUUACAGGCCCGGAACCGUGGCCCUGAGGGAGAUCCGUCGUUACCAGAAGUCCACCGAGCUGCUCAUCCGCAAGCUGCCCUUCCAGCGCCUGGUGAGAGAAAUCGCCCAGGAUUUCAAGACCGACCUGCGUUUCCAGAGCGCGGCCAUCGGAGCUCUUCAGGAGGCCAGUGAGGCUUACCUGGUGGGUCUGUUUGAGGACACCAACUUGUGCGCCAUCCACGCCAAACGUGUCACCAUCAUGCCCAAAGACAUCCAGCUGGCCCGCAGGAUAAGGGGAGAGAGGGCCUAAAGUGGCCAGUGGCUGCGUUGCCACGACGAAUGAUACUAUUUAUCAUACUUAACCAUUUUUGUGGACAUCUUUGGCAUUUUUUUUAUUUUUAAAUUCUUUUUGAAUUUUUGUAAUGUAUUUUAGAUUGAGACAAUACAUCAACCAUUCCACAAGCCUGAGUUACACUUUGGAUAGUUGGAAAAAUGUUGUGCAGUAGGAAUAUCUAUGUAUACCAUGCUGGGUUGUCAUUACAUGUAAGGGCCAUCAUACACCCGUCCUCCCAGUUCUGUGUGGGUAUCAGGCUGUCUUUUGAAAGAUGAAUUCUUCACAUCUUCCACGGGGGUCCAGGGUGUCUUUCACCUACCAUUUCCAACAAAAUGCCAGCAUGUCUUGCUCGACGGACACCACCGCAGCGUCAGGGUGUCGGCGACCAGUCGACACCCUGCGCUCUGUGACCGGGAGCAGGACAGACCCCUCUGUAUUUUUCUGGACUGCUUUUUAAGUGUUUUACAACAUAAAAAUCUUGGCAGCUACAUUUAAUACUAUUUAUGAAAAUGUUGUCACAUGUCUUUCUAUUAAAGGUCUUUAUGAGUAGAAA